AAAGGAUAAUGUUGAUAUGUUAUUAGAUAUUGAAGAGGAAAUUUCUGAUAAUAAUGUUUUUUUAAUGCUACAAAAUUGGUCUAUUGAAUCUUCUAAUGAAUCUACAACAAUCUUAGUUGAUAAUUUUACUAAGUAUUUAGAUGAUCUUAACACUACUAUUUUAACAGAAGAGAAUCUAACUGAUGAGCAAAUUGUUCAACUAGUUUUGGAAGAAGAAAAAGAUAAUAGUGAAAGUGAUAAACUAGAGAUAAUACUUGAAUCCAGA